UGAAGAAUGAAAGGGAGAGCCUGCUGUCAAAUUUAUUGCAUGAAGCAUGCCUCCCAUACAUGUGUGUGCUUCUAUGUUAUUGUUUAUGUUUGUGAGUUACUUUUUAUAAACAAGAAAAUACGUUCAUAAUGUUCGAAGCGGAGAUAGAAACUAAAAAGGAAUUAAAUAUUAGAUUCCAAUGCAUAACCUGCCUCAGUUUUGGUCGUAAAAUGCUCACAAUUGGCAAAUAUUCGCGUACAAUGUCUGCUUUGCUACCUGAACAUUGUUUCCAAUUGCCUUUUGAAGACACUUUGUUGUGUUGGGAGUGUCACGCGUUGGUGAGACGUGUGGCCCUGUUUCAAGAACAGAUACAGAGGGCCAACAAUCUUUUGCGGAGUGGUCAGAGUCGCUUAUACGGUACAUUAUCAAAUUUAACUACCGUUAUAAGAACAGACACUGAGCCAAGUUCUGUGUACCUCUACAACACCAAUAUGACGAUCAAAGAAGAAGAUGAAGUAAAAGAGGACUUUAACGAUGAAAACAUUGACUCUCCAAUACCAGAGUGUGCUGAAAUCUGUGAAGAUAAAACAGUGAAUGCUGGUAAAAGCAAAAGUGAGGUUUCAACAGAAAAAGUCGUAAGCAAAAGGAAAUAUAAAAAUAAGUGGGCCAAAAAACGCGCCUUGCAGAAUAGAAAGCCCAAAUUCAAGUUGUUGAAUGCUAAAGAAGCGCUUAUUGAUUCCGUGUUUAGAAAAACGAUGGAUAUUAGAAAUUCUAAGAGAAAUAUUAAAUGCGAUCAAUGUAAGUUGGAAUUUGAGAGUGAAACCGUUCUAAUGAUGCAUUUCAAGGAAAAGCAUGUUAAUGAAAUUGCUUGCGACGUGUGCUAUUCAUUAUUCUCCGAGAAAACUGACCUCUUAUUACAUUUGAAAAUGCAUGAAACAAUUUAUAAUUGCACUUUAUGUGAAUUUACUGGUAAAACUAAAACCCAAGCUCGUAACCAUAUGAAUAAAAGGCACCCACAUAUCUUCGUUUGUAUCAAGUGUGAGUUGAAAUUCCAAUCGCGUCGCGAGUUCUUCCAACACUACAAGGAGUGGCACGAAAAGUUCAUAUGCGACCACUGCGGAGUUAGCUUCAAGAUGAGGUACUGCAUCAAGGAUCAUAUCCGGAAACAACACUCCCCAUUCGUAUGCGUGCCUUGCAACAAACAGUUUGCUCGCUACAACGGCCUGUGGUUACACAAUAAAGUCCGUCACUGCACACUAGCGCCGCCCGCAUACUGCGUGGAAUGCGACAAACAUUAUCCCGACCUGUACCGAUACAAGUGGCAUUUGGCGAAUAGCGCAAAACAUAAGCCUAGGAAACGAGUUAGAGUACCUUGUCCGGACUGCGAUAAAGUAUUCUCAAAGAAUAUCUAUAUGAAAGACCAUCACAAUUUGAUACAUUUAAAGCAAUACAACUACAGGUGUGAAGAUUGUGACAAGAACUUCAUACGGAACGCAGAUCUCGUGAAGCACAAGCGACGUGUACACGACGGCAUAUUGCCGCCUAAGAACAAAAUAUGCUACGUCUGUGGGAAGGGAUUCACUACCAACAAAAUCCUAAGCAAUCAUCUACGCACGCACAAUGGCGCAAUACAACAGCCUCGAGACAACAAAACGUAAUAACUAAAUAAAGAUGAAUAUUAUAAUUA